AUGCCGGAGAGUGAGCCGGGGCCGACAGCCGAGCCGGCGCCACAGAGACGCACCGGGCCGGAGCGAAGGAGACCACAUCAAAGUACGAUGGGCGUUCACUUCGACUGCAGAGAUCUCACGUGCAUCAAGCCGGAAAUCUUGAAGAACGUGAUGAACUUUGCCAUCAGGAUCUACGUGAGAGCGUUCGAUAAGUUCUACAAUGACAUGCGAGCGAAGCACGGUAACAUAUCGCUGGUUAGCGACCUGGAACAGGCCUGCGUCACCGGCAGCAAGAUGGACGUCAAACCUUGGAAGCUGGGCCCUAUAUUCUAUGAGUACCUGCGGAGAGAAGAAUACGCAUCACUUCCAACCAACAAAGUCGGCUUCGAUAUCAGCGGCCAUAAUAAAUACUCUCGUCUUGAGAUCAUUAACCUUCAGGAGCGGUUCGACAAAUCGAAGCGCGCCUACAUUCGCGUCUGGCGCAAGGUGGGCAUAUGGCAGCGGGAAAAUAUCGGGACUCUGCAGAUCGAUGAUAUAACGUGGCCGGGAAAGUCGCGCUCGCCGCCCAAAGGCGUUCCCGAGCGAUUCAACCUUACCGUCGUCACGUUGGAGGAAAGUCCGUUUGUCAUCACGAAAGAUGUCGACGUUGAGACUGGAGGAUGCAGCCGAGGCGUGAAGUGCCGCUCGCCAAUCAGAGGGCGAAACGACACGCAGCGGUGUAUAAAGCCAUUUGACUACACGUCCUGGGCGAUGAUUCUACUCGUCUGUAUCAACGGCGUCGCAUUCUUCCUCUUCUUCUUCGAGUGGCUCUCACCGUACGGAUUUAACAUGCGGAAGCGGGCGCCUCCAGGACAUCGUUUCUCGUUGUUUCGGGCGCUCUGGGUGAUGUACACGAUCCUGUUCGGAGGCUCGACUAACUUUGAUCAGCCUCGCGGAUACGUGAGCCGCGCCAUCGCCAACGUGUGGGCGUUGUUUUCCCUCUUCUUCCUCGCCAGCUAUACAGCCAACCUCGUCAAGUUCAUGAUAGCCAAGGACGAGGCCAUACAACUGUCAGGCUUCGAAGACGCGAGAUUACAAUUCCCGCAGAAAUAUCAAUACCCGCUCAAGUUUGGUACGGUACCACAAGGGCACGUAGAGGAACACAUACGGAGAAACUACUGGGACACAUGGCGAUACAUGAAACAGUACAACGUUGCCAGUGUAGCCGAAGGCAUGAAAAAAUUAAAGAAUGGAGACUUAGAUGCUCUCAUUUAUGACGCUAAGGUGCUGGAAUAUCACGCUGGUCAGGAUAAUGACUGCAAACUUCUCCAGACGGGUUCUUGGUUCGCAAUGACUGGGUACGGAAUCGGGUUCCCACAGAAAUCUAAAUUUAAAGACAAAAUCAGCCACCAAAUUCUCAAAUACAGAGAAAGUGGCGAUUUAGAGAGAUUAGAAAGGUUCUGGUUCAUGGCCGACUGCCGCCCAAAGGAACAAACGGCUGAGUCCUCAAGCAACUCCUUGGAGAUCAAGAAUUUCGCCAGCGCUUUCAUCCUACUGCUUAUAGGCAUUGUGUUCGCCUGGGUGCUUCUCAUCCUAGAACAUUGCUACUUCAACUAUGUGCGUCAGCACGUGAAGAAGGUGGACAAGUGCGGCAUAUGCGGCCUCGUAAGCAUUAGCAUGGGUAAAUCGCUGAGCUUUAGCAACGCCGUGCUCGAGGCGCAGGACGUGAUGCGUCACUACCGCUGUCGCAACCCGGUGUGCGACCAGCAGAUGGGUCACCUGCGUCAGGAGCUGAGCAUGACACGCAUCAAGAUUAAGUACCUCGAGGAUAUGAUCAACAAGAAAAAGAAGUCCGUCUACGGCGGCUCUUCGAACGAGCUGAUCAACAACAGUGUCGACAUGAUGACGCCUACAGCACCAGAGGAGAAGCUGCUGUCGGUGACAUACAACCCGCGGGCGAGUCCCUGCACGAGCAGCAAUGUCAGCGGCGCCGACCUACUGGCGAGUCCGGGCGGCCUGUCCCCGCUCAGCUACCUGUCACACAACUCACACCAGAGCUUCCAGGAGGCCGCCGACGCCUACCACCGCGGCGAGAUGCCGCCCAGCUACCCGGGAGAUCCGGCAGCGAUGUCUUACUGUUCGCAGCGGACGGCCGCGGACUCCCCCGCGGACGUACCGUACGCUCAUCGGUGCGAUAGGACGCUACUGGGCGAGGUGGCGGAGCAGCCAUCGUAUAGACAGCCUUAUUCGCACGCGGAGGAGGACGAGCGCGCGCGGGAGCGCUCGCCGAGUGUUAGGAAAUACAGAGACGGUCGCCGCUACGUGCCUGUGCCGAACUUAGACGCCUACGAAAUCGAGACGGUGUUGUAAUCGGCAUGUGCCCGCAACGAAGCCGCAAACGUCGGCGGGAGCGAUACUACCGGAUUGUAGCUUCACGUUCCGUAAGCUUUGGUUCAUUGUCACAUAAAAAAGAAAAAUAUAUGACGGUGAUGACGACGACGAUGACGAUAAUG